AAAGGAAGAAGCCAAGUAGCCCUUCCCGGUGCCUAUCGUUUCCGGGGCCCUCCCUUCCCCCUCUCCUUGCUCUCCACUCCUGGAAGCCUUACUUCGAUUGAGUUCUUUCCCACCGCAGCUUCCCUCCAGAUAUAAACCCUAUCCCUCUCGUACUCGCUUGUUGUGAAGCUCGUGAAUCCCGCGCCGAUCUCGUCGUCGGCCUCGAGGAGCAGCAACCCCGAUGGCGACCGCCGUGGCGUCGCAGCCGCGACACUUCACCCUCGGAGGCGAACCGAGGGCAGCCAUCUGCGCAGCCAGCACAUCAAAGAUUUGCACCCUGGACAAAGCAUAUGGAUUCAGUUUCGUAUGCAGAAGUGUUGUUGAUCUAAGGAGUAAAAAAUUCCAUUCCCAAAUUUCUAAGAGAAAGUGCUACUUAACAAGUUCACCGUCGGAAUUUGAGAAGAUCAUUUUGAGUGUUAGAUGGUUAGAAUUUAGGAGACAGAGGAUAGCCUUUCAGAGAACUAGAAGGUGGGUUCGCAGUAUUCCAUCGGCUUCUCAAGAUGAUGGCAGUGGUGUGUCUGUUAAUGGAGUACCACAAGUUGAUCCAGCAAGUCAAAUGAAGGAAAUAAGGGUGAAAUUGGAUAAAGCAUUGCAAAACGAAGACAUAAGCUCUGGCCUUGUCCAAUCAAUACAUGAUGCUGCGAGAUCUAUUGAAUUGGCUUUCCUUGCUCACAGCAAAUCAUCAACAAACUCUUGGUUCCCAAAGACGUGGCUUGGUAUCGAUAACAAUGCAUGGAUAAAAUCGCUGUCUUACCAGGCUGCUGUUAGCUCGUUACUGCAAGCAGUUAUCGAUGUUUCAUCAAGGGGGAACGGCAGAGAUAGAGAUAUUAAUGUAUUUGUUCAGAGGAGUUUAUCCCGCCUUCUCAGCUCUCUAGAUGGUGUUAUACAGAAUGAAAUGGCUAAAAGGGAACCUUCAUUAUAUCAGUGGUAUUCAUCUAAUCAAAAUCCAUUGGUGGUGAGGACAUUUGUGAACACUUUUGAAAAUGAUCGACGAUUUAAUUCUGCAACAGAAAUAUGCAGCGAAGGCAAGCCAAUGGAUACUAGUGAAAGUGACCUUUCUUUGCUUGUGCUAGGUCUGUUCUGUCUUGCUGCUAUUAUGAAGCUAGGAUCAGCAAAAGUUUCUUGUCAGCAGUUUUUCUCCAUGGUCCCUGAUAUUAUUGGCCGAUUCAUGGAUAUGCUUCUUGAAUUCGUUCCUAUAAGUAAAGCGUAUACCUUGACGAAAGAUAUUGGUCUUCAGAGAGAAUUCUUGUGCAAUUUUGGUCCUCGUGCUGCUGUUCCUAAGUUUGCUAAUGAUCAUGGACUUGAGAUAUCAUUUUGGAUUGAUCUGCUUCAGAAACAAUUGCUAAAGGCUCUUGACCGUGAAAAGAUAUGGUCAAGACUGACAACAAGUGAAACUAUUGAGGUUUUGGAAAAGGACCUAGCGAUAUUUGGUUUUUUCAUUGCUUUAGGCAGAAGUACACAAGUAUACCUGUCUUCCAAAAGUCAUACAGAUUCAAAUGAUUCUAUCAGUGGUAUUGUAAGGUAUCUUAUUGGUGGGAGCGUCCUAUAUUAUCCACAGUUGUCCUCGAUUAGUUCUUAUCAGUUGUAUGUGGAGGUUGUUUGUGAAGAGCUUGAGUGGCUUCCAUUUUACUAUGAGGAUGUGCCAACGCCAAUAGUUGAUACUGAAGGCAGGCAAGAAACGCCUAAAAGAGAACUGAUAUCAAGGGUGCUAAAUGUCUGCACUUAUUGGAUGACUAAUUUUAUAAAGUAUAGCUCAUGGCUUGAGAACCCCUCAAAUGUGAAGGCAGCACGAUUCCUAUCUAAGGGGCAUGCCAUGUUGAGCGACUGCAUGACUGAGCUUGACAUAGCAAAAAAUAAUAUGCCUAAAGACCGAAGUUUGCAAGAAACUGGAGUAUUGGUUGAUGUGACCGAGCUAGCUUCCAUUGACAAGUCACUUGAAAGUGUUGAGGAAGCUUUGGUUAAGUUAGAAAAUUUGCUUCAAGAAUUGCAUCUUUCCAGUUCCAACUCUGGUAAGGAGGAUCUAAAGGCUGCAUGUUCCGAUCUAGAAAUGAUCAGAAGACUGAAGAAGGAAGCAGAAUUUCUUGAGGCUUCCUUUCGAGCAAAAGCAGAAUAUCUGGAGGCUGAUACUAUUAGCAGCGUGUUGCCUCCUGCUGGCGAGGGAGAACACGGAAAGAUGGGCAGCAUGGUUAAUGAGGUUUUAACACCACAAAAACCAGUAAAUAGGAUGGAGAACAAUCGUCGUCCGUUUUGGGAUUUUUUUGGUACGACUUCUGGAAGGAAAAUUGUGCCAGCACAGCAAGCUUUGGAUCAGGAUGCUUCUGCUGCCAAGGUGGAUCAAAUAGACAUGGAGUCAAAUGACAUCCGCCGCUUCGAACAGUUGAGACGUGAGUUGAUUGAGUUAGAAAGGAGAGUGCAGAAGAGUGCAGGUGGUGCUAAAAAAGAGGAGUUCCAGGAAACGGAGGUUCAAGAUGAAACAAUGAGCUCUUUUGAGUCAGCACCCCCUCUGUCAGGGCCUUCUGGUUCAGUAAUCAAGAAAGAAAAUGUUAUUACAAAAUCGGUAGAGAAAGUUAAGGAGAGUACGACGAUUGUGUUGCAAGGGACACAGCUCUUAGCAAUUGAUACAGGAGCUGCUAUGGGUUUACUGAAAAGAUCUCUUAUAGGGGAGGAACUAACUCAGAAGGAGAAGCAGGCUCUUCAGAGAACCCUGACAGAUUUGGCAUCUGUCGUUCCAAUAGGAAUACUCAUGCUUCUACCAGUUACUGCUGUUGGGCAUGCUGCUAUUUUGGCUUUCAUCCAGAGAUAUGUGCCUUCCAUGAUCCCAUCCACAUAUGGCCCCGAGAGGUUAGAUCUCCUCAGGCAGCUUGAGGAAGUGAAGGAAAUGAAAUUGUCUGAAGGCAGCAGUGAAGAUAUUUCUGACGCAAUUGGUUUGAGAGGUGACCAAGUGAAAUAAGCUGACCAUGUACAGAUGGACACAAGUAUAUUUCUGAUUGUCUUUUCUGUAAAGGUGUUUUUGAACAAGAGGCGGGAGGGUUCGUUUCCUUAUACUCUACUCCUAGAAGACCAAGCACAGCUACAAAUGUUACAACCUUACUAUGCAUGGGCAUACGUUGAAGGGCUAUUCUUCAAGUUAUAUGCCUUUGUAGAUCUUUGUCCAUAUUUAAUAGUUACAACUUACGAGGGUAUUAGGUGCCCGGUCAGCAUAUAUGAUCAACGUCCAAGUUCCUUUUGCAUAAUGGCUUUGUAGAGUAGGCACUUUGAUGAGUGGAUCGAAUACCUAGCUAGAUAUUUGUAUAUCACAUGUUGUCAUGUAACCCCAUGUUCUAGGUUGUAAUGUAUUUGAGAUAAUUAGCUGUUCAUACAUGAACUUGCCUAGGACCUGCUAUUCCGUACAUGUCGCAAAAUCGCUUUAGUUAUUUUGAACACAACAUCCGCUCUUUGUCAAA